UAGAAACACGGACACACACACACGAGCAGAUGAAUCAUAUGAAACACGGGGACUGAUACACAUGAAGAAACGAAACACGCUGAACAGAUAGUGUGUGUGUGUGUGUGUGUGUGCGUGUGUGUGUGUCUGUGUGUUAAAACUGGCGCGUUUGCAGAUGGACAAACCUGAGCGGAGGCGGAGCACGCGACGAGAAAACACGCAUUGAGUGAUCCAGCCAGCACUAGGCAACAAUGAGUGGAAAACUGGCCCUCAACAAGGAAGUCUUUGUUCCCAACGAUGAACGGAUGCUGGCUGCCGUGCAGGUGAAGAGAAGGACGAAGAAGAAAAUCCCUUUCUUGGCUACAGGAGGUCAAGGGGACUACACCACAUUCAUUUGCUUAUCAGUGACCAAUAAGAAACCAACACAAGUUAAUAUCACUAAAGUGAAGCAGUUUCAGGGCUUGUCGUCGUUUGUGAGACGGUCACAGUGGAGCAUCAUUCAGCUGCGUGUGGUGAACGCAGUCGACUCCUCCCGAGACUGUCCAGAGUUUGACCUGACAUUUGAGAAUGGAACAGACCAGUGGACCGCCAGCUCAGCCGGAGAGAAGAGCAUGUUUAUCCAGAUCCUCCAUCACACCUGUCAGCGGCACACGUCUGGGAAAAAACCUGACUUUAUCAACUGCGAUCCCAAAGUCACGGGAGGUAACAGCCUCCUGCACAAUGCAGCAGACAGUGUGAGCAGCGCCGUACAGAAGGCCAGUCAGGCUCUGAAUGAACGUGGCGAGAAACUGGGACGAGUCGAAGAGAAAACGGGAGAGAUGAUGAACAGCGCUCAACACUUCGCUGAUACAGCACACAAGCUCGCCAUGAAGCACAAGUGUUAAGAUGUUUUGGGAUGUUUGGGCUACUGUUUCUAUGCUCAACAUCUACUGUCAGAGACUGUUGUGGAUUUGUAUAGAAUGUCAUGAACCGUUGAAGAUGUACGUCACGCUGUGACUUAAGAUUUUAACAUAAGAUGGUUAAUCUUCUAAUGGUGGAUGGAGUUUACUAAUCACUUCAGAAGUAUUCUAGUCUUCUCAUCAUAACUUGAUAAUGAUAUUUUUAAAAGAUCCGAACUGAUCUUUCAAAGUCCUUUGAAAGAGUCUUUUUAAAUGUCUGCUGACCAUGGUUUUCUUUAAAUGAUUUGUGUUCUUGUUUAAUAUGAUGUGUUUGAAAAGUGCCAUCACAGAAACAUUUCACAGUAACAUUCGUUUAUAAAGACAACCCAAAACGUUACAUCAUUUAGUUGGUUUUAGUUGUGGUAAAUAAUGUAUUUUGCUGAUUUAAUUGUAUUAUUCAAAUAAACAGGAAUUGUAAAAGAUAUGAAUAUGAAUUCAUACGAAUUAUCCACCUCAUAAAAUACAUAUUGAUUAACUGUCAUGAGAUUGUACUUUGAGAUCAUCCCUAUUCAUGACAGAAAUAUGUCAAAUUACUGUAUUCAUAAACAAAAAAGUGAGUUUAGCUUUAUGGCAAUUUUUAUAUAAAUAACAGUAUUGAAAAAGUUUACAUCUAUGACCUCCAAUUGACAGCUUUUACUCAUUAUUUGGUCCAUGUCAUCCAUAAACAUUUUUUAAGAAUAAAGAUUUUAGUUUGUAAUGAAAUGACAAAUUUGUACAAUUGCAUUUUUGUCUAUAGAACUAAUUUGAAACAUUAAAUCUGACAGCUUUAGAUCAAAAGAUAUUUUUAAAUCAGGGUCACGUUAAAGAAACUUCUCAAUUUUAAUUUUUGAAAUGGGAGAUUGAAAUCACUGGACUUUCCAAAUGGAUAGAAUUCUAAACAGAUAUAUUUCUAUGUUAGGAUGUUUCUGCAAUACACUCAGUUUCUGUUAACAGUUUAGAAAAGGUCACGUUUUCUUGCUCUGUAGAUCCUUUUUAGAUGAUGCUGGAAUAACAUACUGUAUAUCAACGGAUUCAGCACACACAUUUGGAAUCUCUGAAUGCUCUAGUGCUGUCAAUAUUGACAUUUAAGUACUGUUUGCAAUUCCGCUUCUUCAACUCAAGGCGUAAUUCAGCAAAUAACAUUUGUAAUAAAAACAUCUGUUUCAAAUUGGAAUGAUGUGACAGUAAGAGGUUUUCAUGGGUGGUCUCUAUGUGUAUAUUUUCAUUAGAUGUGCUACUGUAUAAACACAUGCUCUCACACCACAAGAACGGCAGAAUAUUAAUUUUCAUCAUGGUCUUGGGAAAUUCUGAUGAUCUCUGAGAAGUUAGAAAAAAACAUCUGUUUUCUCACAAUUUUUCAAAAUAUGCAGAUAUCAAAAGACUGCCUUUAUUUUUCUUCAUUAUGUGCCCGUGUGUCUUUUUAUAAGAGCACACAUGAAACGCAUGACUAACAUAAUAAAAUCAACUUUUUUCUUUAUACAUUCUCAUAAUAAUUUUUCAUACGUCUAAAUGCGUUUUUUUGGGGGGGGGGGGCGGGGGAGUGAGCAAAGUGAAAUCAUUUGAGUGCAAAUACAUUAAAGGGAAUGAAAAGGACCAAAGUUUUGUUAGUAUUGUACCUAGCUCCUGUAUCACAGUAAAAUGCAUUGCCUUAUUAUUUGUCAUACUAAAAUGUGUACUUUUUUAAUACCUAACCCUUUUAUAUUUAUGUUUCAUUAUUUGUCCAUAACUAUAUUUUAAUAAUAUUUGUCUUUAGACCGUUUCAUAAGACCCACAGUAAACCUACGGUUUGUGUUCAGCUAGUGUCUAAUGAUAACUAUCUAUAUUUUAUUAGUUCAUAUUAAUUUGUAUAAUUUAACUGUAUAAUAAUUGUAUCAAAUAAAUUAUUUGUUGAA